GACAUUUCUUCUGGUGGGAGCUCCAAAAGCGAACACUACCCAGCACAACAUUGUAGAAGGAGGCCAGGUGCUCAAGUGCAACUGGAAUUCCAACAGAAACUGCCAGCCGAUUAUAUUUGACCCCACAGGCAACAGAGAUUUUGCUCCUGAUGAUCCACUGGAAUUUAAGUCUCAUCAGUGGUUUGGAGCCUCUGUGAGAUCGAAAAAUGAUAAAAUUCUGGCCUGUGCCCCACUGUACCACUGGAGGACUGAAACAAAACAAGAGAGAGAGCCUGUGGGAACUUGUUACCUGCUUGCUGGAUCUAAAUCUGUGGAAUAUGCACCCUGCAGGUCAACCACUAUUGAUGCAGAUGGACAGGGAUUCUGUCAAGGUGGAUUUAGCAUUGACUUUACAAAGGGAGACAGAGUGCUACUUGGAGGACCUGGAAGUUUUUACUGGCAAGGACAACUUAUUUCUGAUCGAGUGACAGAGAUUGUGGCUAAAUAUGACUCCAGAGUCUACAGUACGAAGUAUGAUGACCAGUUAGCAACCAGACCUGCCAGUGCUGCUUUUGAUGACAGCUACUUGGGUUAUUCGGUGGCUGUUGGAGACUUCAAUGGUGAUGGCAUAGAAGACUUUAUAUCAGGAGUCCCAAGAGCAGCAAGAACUCUGGGCAUGGUGUCUAUUUACAAUGGGAAAAACAUGUCUUCCAUGUACAACUUCACUGGAGAGCAGAUGGCUGCCUAUUUUGGGUAUUCAGUGGCUGCCACAGAUAUCAAUGGGGACGAUUACACAGAUUUGUUUAUUGGAGCCCCUCUUUUCAUGGAUCGAGGUUCUGAUGGAAAACUUCAAGAGGUUGGCCAGGUUUCCAUUUGCCUUCAACGAGCCUCUGGAGGGUUUCAGAUCACAAAGCUGAAUGGUUUUGAGAUAUUUGCAAGAUUCAGCAGUUCUAUUGCACCUCUGGGGGAUCUAGAUCAGGAUGGCUUCAAUGACAUUGCAGUUGCUGCACCAUAUGGUGGAGAGGAUAAGAGAGGACUUGUCUAUAUCUACAAUGGAAGAGCAAAUGGUUUGAAUUCAGUCCCAUCUCAGAUUCUGGAAGGGCAGUGGGCUGCUCGCACUAUGCCACCCAGUUUUGGGUACUCGCUGAAAGGAGCCACUGAUGUGGACAAAAAUGGAUAUCCAGACCUGAUCGUUGGAGCCUUUGGUGUUGACACAGCUGUGCUGUACAGGGCUAGACCAGUUAUUAGAGUAAAUGCUGCCCUGGAAGUUAAUCCAACCAUUCUAAACCCAGAAAACAAAGCCUGUUCACUGUCAGAUGUGAAAGUUUCAUGCUUCAAAGUAAAGUUCUGCUUAAAAGCGGAUGGCAAAGGAAAGCUCCCUAAUUCACUCAAUUUCCAAGUGGAGCUGCUGUUGGAUAAGCUUAAGCAGAAAGGAGCUAUAAGGAGAGCUCUCUUUCUCCACAGCAAACAGCCUAGCCACUCUAAGAACAUGACUAUUACAAAGGGGGGCAAGAUGAAUUGUGAAGAACUUGAUGCCUUUUUGAGGGAUGAAUCUGAAUUCAGAGACAAACUAACUCCCAUUACUAUUUUUAUGGAAUAUCGUCUGGAUUACAGAACAGCUGCAGAUGCAACAGGAUUGCACCCUAUCCUCAACCAGUUCACUCCUGCCAAUAUGAGCAGACAGGCACAUAUUCUGCUGGACUGUGGUGAUGAUAAUAUCUGCAAACCAAAGCUGGAGGUUUCAGUAGAAAGUGACCAGAAGCAGAUCUAUAUCGGUGACGACAAUCCCUUGACACUAAUUGUCAGUGCUCAGAAUCAAGGAGAAGGAGCCUAUGAAGCAGAACUCUUUGUCAUCGUUCCGCCCCAAGCAGAUUUCAUCGGUGUCGUUCGGAACAACGAGGCUUUAGCAAGACUGUCAUGUGCAUUUAAAACAGAGAAUCAGACUCGCACGGUAGUCUGUGACCUGGGAAACCCCAUGAAAGCAGGAACUAAGCUAUUGGCUGGCCUGCGCUUCAGCGUCCACCAGCAGUCUGAGAUGGACACCUCUGUGAAGUUUGACUUGCAGAUCCGAAGUUCCAACUUGUAUGACAAUCUGAGUCCAGUAGCAUUCUAUCAGGUUGACCUUGCUAUUUCAGCAGCUGUUGAAAUUAGAGGUGUGUCAUCUCCUGAUCACAUAUUCCUUCCUAUUGCAAACUGGCAGCCGAAGGAGAAUCCAGAAACAGAAGAUGAUAUUGGGCCUCUAGUUCAGCACAUCUAUGAGCUGAGAAACAAUGGUCCCAGUGCAUUCAGCAAGGUGAUGAUGACUCUGCAGUGGCCUUACAAAUAUAAAAACAACACACUGUUGUAUAUUGUUCAGUAUGAAAUUGAUGGUCCCAUGAACUGCACUUCUGAUAUGGAAAUCAAUCCAUUGAAAAUCAAGAUUUCUGAUUCCAAAGAUGAUGACAAGAAUGAAACCCUUGGCAGGGAAGAUAAUCGUGAUCAUCGUAUCAGCCGAAGGGAUGUCACUGCCACUGAGGGAGACGUGCAUACUUUGGGCUGUGGAACUGCUGAUUGUUUAAAGAUAGUCUGUCAAGUUGGCCACCUGGAAAGGGGAAAUGCAAUACUGUAUUUAAAAUCACGCCUUUGGACCCAAACUUUCAUGAAUAAAGAAAAUCAGAAUCACUCCUAUUCUCUCAAAUCAUCUGCUUCUUUCCAUGUUAUAGAGUUCCCCUAUAAGAACCUUUCCUUUGAAGAUAUCCACAAUUCUACAGUAGUAAGUAAUUUACAUCAGCUUGAGUUACCAUACAUAAUUACUUUGAAGUUAAUACAAAACCAGUGA